ACUGCGCAAUGUUAUUUAUGUGUACAUUAUAAAAUGUUGAUUUCUUUGGUAUUGAAUACCCAUUUUCCACUUGAUAUCUAAAUUGAUAAGAAAACUAACUCAGUUAUCAUAGAAUUUUUCACACAGCAAAGUACAAUUUUAGACAACUAGUCAAGCCUGCAGCAACACUUCUUUUUUUCUUUCAUUUUGGUGCACGGAUAAGCAGACAAUGAACAUAGCAAUGAACAGAAGCAGUCACGAUAAAUCUCCGGUUUAAAUAACCAGAUCACUGCAACAUUGAACACGGUAAAAAUUAAUAGAUAAAAGACGUGCUCUUGUGAAAUCAAAAUAGUCACGCUAGCGCAAGACUGCUUGUAAACACAAAUAUGUUUUUUAUUAUCUCGAUUUAAAUCUUUAGAAGUUCCGGGCUGAAAAAAAAUACCUCUCCGGAUAUUGUUGUGUGUUAUAUAAAAUGUUUGUUUUGUUUAGAAUAUUUUUUUUAUCGUUCUUUUUUUCCCCCCCAAGGAUGCACCACUUUUAAACAGGCAUAUUUGAGGACAGCUAAAUAUUAUGACGGGGUCCUUAUGUAAGGCCCCCACUUCUUGUUCCAGAAAGCAGGGUUAACUUACCGUCAGGUAAACCCCGAACUCGAGGUUGAUGUACUCUACUCUGAGUAAUAUCUCGUUCUAAAACACCUGCUAAGUUUGAGUUCAAUCAAUCAGAGUGUGCGUGCAGGCUGAAGACAUAAAAACCUUCUAAAAUUGAUAACCGAAUUCACGAUACACCAUGACGGAAGGAGAAAAAAAACGUGCAUCAUACUUCACGGAGGCAGAGUUAGAGGUUUUAUUGUGUGCAUACGAGGAGUUCAAGCCCAUUUUCGCAAAGAAAAGCAACACUGCUGCAUCGCACAAAGAAAGAGCGUUGGCUUGGCAAAAAAUAACCAACAGAGUCAAUGCAUGCAAAUCUGGAGCCAAAAGAACUCCAUACCAAGUGAAGAUGAAAUACAAAAACAUGCAACAAAAAGCUAAUAGAAAAAAGGCUCGUCUAAGUGGUGGAGGGCCGCCCCCUCCUCCCCUCAUCCCACUUGAAGAGUUGGCGCUGUCCCCUAACAAAGAGCGACUACUAAUAGAUGACAUUCCUGGAGAUAUUUCACCACUGAGUACCUCUAAUGACACUAAUUCCGGUGGAUCCAUAAUACUGUUGGAGCCUCCAGAAAUCCCCCAGUGUAUCUCAAUUGAUGAAGACGAAGACACCAUUUUGGGUAACGCUGGGAUGCCCGCAGAGAAUUUGCCUGGAAAUUUACACAAAACGGAAACUCAUUCUGCCUCAACAUAUAACCUUUGCAGUUUGUCAGCAAAUGAGUUGUAUAAGGUCCAUCUUCAAAGGCAAAUCAGAAAAAGUGAAAUGGAGAUGGACCUUUUGCAGCUUGAAAUGGAGAAGAAAAGAAUGGCCAUUCAAAAGGCCAAACUAGAAGUGGAAAUACUGGAGUAUCAACUAAAGGAAAAGAAACAAUGAAAAUGUGUUUGUGAAUAAUGUAAUUAAAGUGAUUUGGGGGAAAUAAGCUUUCUGAUCUUCCUGCCAACUCUGUGAUCAGCCACACUAAAAGAGUCUUCCUCAUCAGGGUGUGGGCUGGGGGGCACUCUUAUUGCAGCAAUGUUGUGGAGGACAACCCAAGCAACUAUGAUGUCACAGGCCCUCUUCGAACUGACCGAGAAGCCACGCAGACACUUAUCAUCUCCAUCUUUUUCUCUGGUUUGACUGUGAACCAUGUUGAAUCUGGUCUAGAAUCUGGUCUAGGUUCAGGUCUGGGGUAGCGUGUCAUCCUAUAGGGCUGACAAGGGUACCCUCUGUGCUCAAGCAAAUAACCAUUGUAGUUUUCUCUAAUUAUUAAAAUAUGAAUCAACAAUAUAUAGACAAGAAACAUCUUAUAAAGUCUUAUAAAACGUUACUGCUCUUUAUACAUAAUCUUUGGAAUAAAACAGUACAUUGA